AUGCAAGUUCCAACACAAAGAAGUAUGAGUAUAGAUGAAGAAUCACAAAACCUAGUAAUAUUUGGUAAAAAUUCUUUAGUGAAUCUAGAUACAAUCAUAAAAGAAAACUCUGAAUCUAACAUACCUGACUCUACUACAAGUAAUUUAUCAUCUAAGCAUAUUGGUAAACCAACAGAUAUAAUAUCAAGUAAGAAACAAAAGCAGAUUAAGAAAGAAUCACAUAUAUUAAAAAAUCUUAUAAAAAAAUUAUCUACCAAACCCAAAGCUCCACAAGUUUCUGUAACUAAAAAAGAAAAUACAAAUAAUUUUAUUGAUUU